AUGACUGUCCCUAACUCUCAAUAUCUUCAAGCCCCAAAUCACAGCAGCGUCUACACCCCCCAAAACUCCGCAUGGUUAUCCGCAAUCAAUCAUGCCGAGCACACCAUUCUCAUCCAAACCCCGAAUAUGAACGCCGAGCCUCUCAUGCAACCUCUGAUUAACGCCGUUCGCCGCGGCGUAGUAUUAUCCUGCUAUCUAUGCCUCGGGUAUAACGACGCAGGCGAGCUCCUUCCAUUCCAAAAUGGUACCAACGAAAUGAUUGCGAACAGACUGUACAACUCUCUGGAAACCGACGAAGAGAAGUCUCGAUUGCGGGUAUACUAUUACGUCGGCAAAGACCAAACUCGUCCGAUCCAUAAUAGUUUCAAAAAGCGGAGCUGUCAUAUCAAGUUGAUGAUUGUUGAUGAGCAGAUUGCCAUUCAGGGCAAUGGAAACCUCGACACACAAUCUUUCUUCCACAGCCAGGAGAUCAAUGUUCUCAUUGACUCCAAGCUAGUUUGCCGUGCUUGGGCUGAGUUGAUCAAUCGCAAUCAAAACACUGCUAAAUAUGGUGCUGCAAGUACUAGAGAUGGUUGUUGGCAUGAUCCUGACACUGAUCAGAUGCCGUCGGGCUCAAUGGGGCCUGUACCGGGUCGUUUCAGUUGGGCGAAGGGGGCUAUUGGUGCUGUGAAGCGAGUGAGAGGUGUCGGUGGGUUUUGA